AACGGAGUCUCGGAGAUCAUCGAUAUAUACACCUACUUAAUCAGAAUUGCUUUACAUUAUUUUAGAACUUGGGAAAGCUUCUAUUAAAACCGUGCUCCUAUCACUACGAAUCACAUCUCUACAGGCAAGAUAAUUCUUGCGAAAAAAAAAAUAAUAUUCAACAAGAACACAGUAAUGCCCUUUCGACUCGGUCAUAUCCCCAGGAACGUCCACUUCCUCGAUGGAAACGACGACGAGGUUUUUGGAUUUUUCCAGAACGGAUCAGUCACCUGGGACGAGAUACGAGAAUGGCUGGAUGAUCUCCUACUUCUUCUUCCACAAAUGCCGUCAGACAGCUAUUGUAUUUGGACAUGUCCAGACGACCAUGUCCUUGCACAGCAUGCUUUGCAUGCAACCCGUGUCGACAUGCUGUCAAGUCAUAUGAAUGAGAUUGUUCGCGCUGGGUUUUAUGCCAUUUUAUCUCCGGAAGGGAGUAAAGUUGAACUGCAGGUUACAGCAGAUCAGGCAAUGCCAAGGGUUGUCUCUUUGGCAAACUCAUCUGGUGAUAGAAAUGAAAUGGCGUUCCGAGAGAGAGUACGGCACCGAGAUCUCCGCUGUGUUGUAUCUGGCCGUCCGGUCCGCGCGGGGCUGUUUGACAGGUUUCAUGCGGCCCACAUUUUUCCUGUACCGCAGCUAGAUGUGUGGCGGAGCGGUGGUUGGUCGGCACUGCUUGAAGAUGACGAUUUCCCUGGGAAAACGGGCAUACAUUCGAUCCAAAAUGGAAUUCUAUUAGAUGCGUCGGUGUAUAUUGAGUUUGAAAAGUAUCAUGUUGCUGUCGAUCCGGAUAGUAUCACUAUAUCACUAACAACUUGA